CCAAGCUCGUUCACCCCCGGCAGCUUGUCUUCUGUCUCCUGGGAGGUGAUACUUGGUUUUGAUGUAUAAAUCAUCCUCGACUGUUCAGUCUUUAAUUAAUGACCCCCAUCUGUCCUUGCUGGGUGAGUUUGAAUUUUAAAAUGCUGACACACCAAACAAGCGCCUCUGCGACUGCCUAACGCAACAAGCCCCCCCGAGUAAAGCAAGCUAUCAGCGCACAGAGAAUAGGCAGUCUGACAUAGACACCCUCAAUAGCUCCGAGGUGCUUCCAGCCCAUUUACCCAGCAGAGCAACAGAGAUAAAGCACAAGAGAGGCUGAAAACCAGUUGCCGGACAGAGCAGGGGCAAUAAUACUUCCGUCCAUCAGCAGGCCAGACCAGUAAGGCUCUGUGUGUAUGUGUGUGUGUUCAUAGGCUUUUCAAGUGAGCCCUGCCAGAGUUUCUGAAGCGGUUAUGGAGGCAUCAAAGACAAGCGCCGCGCAAACCUUGGGGAAUAACUUAACCAAUCUGGUGAAGAGGAACAGUGAGCUGGAGAACCAGAUGGCCAAACUCAUCCAGAUUUGUCAACAGGUGGAGGUGAACACAGCCAUGCAUGAAUCCAAGCUGGUGGAGGAGUGUGAUGAAUUGGUGGAGAUAAUUCGCCAGAGGAAACAGGUCAUUGCUGUCAAGAUCAAGGAGUCCAAGGUGAUGAAGUUGAGGAAGCUGGCCCAGCAGAUUGCGAACUGCAGACAGUGUCUAGAGCGCUCGAGUGCCCUCAUCACACAGGCUGAGCACAGUCUGAAGGAGAACGACCACACCCGCUUCCUCCAGACGGCCAGGAAUGUGGCAGAGAGAGUUGCCAUGGCCACCGCCUCCUCCCAGGUCCUCAUCCCAGACGUCAAUCUGAACGAGGCUUUUGACAAUUUUGCCCUUGAUUUCUCCAGAGAAAAGAAAAUUCUGGAAGGACUUGAUUACUUGACAGCGCCCAACCCUCCAUCUAUACGUGAAGAGCUCUGCACGGCUUCGCAUGACACCAUUACAGUGCACUGGACCUCUGAAGAUGAAUUCAGCGUCACCUCCUAUGAGCUUCAGUACACCAUCUACACUGGCCAGACCAACUUCAUCAGUCUGUAUAACUCUGUAGAUAGCUGGAUGAUCGUGCCCAAUAUCAAGCAGAAUCACUACACAGUCCACGGCCUGCAGAGUGGCACCCGUUACAUCUUUUUCGUCAAGGCUAUCAACCAGGCAGGCAGCAGAAACAGUGAACCUGCUCGACUCAAAACCAACAGUCAGCCUUUCAAACUGGACCCCAAAACGGCCCAUAAGAAGCUGCGCCUCUCCAAUGACUGUCUGACCAUGGAGAAGGAUGAAAGCUCCCUGAAGAAGAGUCACACUCCGGAGCGCUUUAGCGGAACCGGAUCCUAUGGUGCCGCUGGCAACGUCUUCAUCGACAGUGGCUGUCAUUAUUGGGAGGUUUUACUGGGCGCCUCCACAUGGUACGCUCUUGGAGUGGCUUACAAGUCAGCACCCAAAAACGAAUGGAGCGGCAAAAACUCAUCAUCUUGGGUUUUCUCACGCUGCAACAACAACUUCCUGGUGCGGCACAACAACAAGGAGUCGAUCGUGGAGGCGUCCCUCCGUCUCAGUUCAUUCAGUCACACUGUUGUCAGUUCUGUUCUUGCUAUCCCUCAAGGGGAAAACCCUUGUGACGCUGUUCUGGCUUGGGAUGACUUUCCAUCAGCCCACGGAGCUCCCAGACACCGCCGACCUCAACUGGAAGGAGACAGUCAUCCGGUGUAUAGAGAGUCUCCGAUCCCGAUCCGGAACCCCUCCGCCGGCCGUUCCUCAGUCAAGACCGCCAGCCACGGCUCUCUCCAGCCCACCGGCCGCUCCCGUGGCAACCCCGGUGGCGGUUUAGCUCAGGACGGGCUCCUGAUUUCCCGUUAA